GAAACUUUUUAAUUUCCUUCCACAGGGUAAUAGAUAUAUUUCAAAGACAUUUUAAAUGAAAAAAAUGAAGUUUAUCUUUCUUUCUACAUUCUUAGCAAGCAUAUUUGACUAUGUUAUAUUUGCAGCAGAGAAAGGUCCAUUUUCAGUAAGAAAACAAACAUAAUUAGGCACUAAUAAAUAUUUCUAGCCAUUAGCGCUGUAUAACGCAACCUGACAUAAUAGACAUCAAAAUACAAAUUAAUUAUUUAUUACCAAGUUAAUAAGCUUUAACAUGGUAGCAGUUUAAGCCAUCAUCAAAUUUCCAGAAUUUCAGCUCUUUUGUGAAUCCAGUCUCAAAACUAUGAUGCAUCACAGAACAAUGCCGCUUACUUAUGUAGAUUAGUUCCUCUUAGAUUGCCUUAAAGAGAGGUCAGGCUUUAUAAACAACACAAAUGGACAUCACUUUCUCUGUGAACUUUGCCAUACUGAUCCACCAAAAGGAACUAAUCUGUACUAAAAACAUACAAAGAAACAAAUUUGGUAUGACAAAGAAAUGUUUUAGUUCUAAACAGGUGGGAUUAGAAGGAUUAUAGAAAAGGUUACUCCAUGAUAUGAGUCAUUUUAAAAGCAUGAACUCAUCAGCCAUUGAAGCACUUUCCAUUCAACCUGUAAAAUAUAUAAAGUGUGCCAUUCCAGAAAUGGAAAACAUAAUUAUUUACCACUGGAAAAGAUUUCUUGGGAUUUGAGAAGUGCCAAACCUCUAUGCAAGCAUUAAAUGACUAAAAAAUGUGCAUCUCAUCAUACAUCCUAAUUCUCUCCCUUCUCUCUCUUUUUUCUCAAGGUUUUCUACUCUCAGUUUCAAAGUCCCUGCAAGAGGUAGAAGAUGAAGAUAUGUUGCUUGCUGCUUUAAAUCUAGGAAAAACUCUGCAAAAUGGAGAUAAAAGUAUGAGCAGGGGUGUUAUACCUUUGCUGAAGUACUACAAGACUGAAGACAGCAGUAUUUUCAAUGAUAAGAAUGCUGGAAACAUGAAGUUUUUGGACAGAGGUUCCAGACAUGAUUUCUUCAACCAUGUUAUGCCAACCAACUUAGGUAGAAAGCAACUACCUUAUCCUGCACUGAAGGGAGCCAUGGCUUUUCCAGCUGACACUGAAAUUCAAAAUAUUGAGUCAAUACAGGAAAGAGAGACCACAGAUGAAGAAAAUUCAGCUAAAUUCCCUAUUGGAAGAAGAGAUUUUGACAUCCUCAGGUGCAUGCUGGGAAGAGUCUAUCGACCUUGUUGGCAAGUGUGAAAACAACUUAUCUCCACCACCUCCUCUGAAGAUUAAACAUUUUAUUCCGAAUUUAAUGUAAUUUGAAGUUAUUGAGUGUUAGUGUAAGUGCACAUACACAUCCAAAAAUAAUUUCCCAUUGCAUUGUAGAUGGAUACAUAAUUCAUUACCAAAAAAUAACAGUGUAAUUACUAACAAUGUACUGCUAUUAAAAAAUAAAAUACUUCAGCAUAA